UUUAUAGCAGAAAAACACAUAAAUACACAUCCACACAUUCAUACCCACACCACAAGACACAAGAUGUGCUUUUAUUUUGAAAGAGGAACACUCACGCCGGAAGUGUUUACGUCCUAUUAGCAGCAGCAGCGAGCGUGAAGCGGCGAACUUAAAAGCUAUUUCUGGCUUCAUGUCUUGUCACAACCACAAAGAAACUACACCGACCGUUCGCUGGAUAAAGCACAUAACGUAAAAAAAAAGCACCUUUUAUCUGCUUCAUGGACUUGUGUGGCCUUUGUUUCUCUCCGCUAACUCCGCUGGCUUGACAUGGCUGCUAACCCUCCAGGACCAGGCUUUCAGAACAAGACGCGGGUGGCCAUCCUGGCGGAGCUGGACAAAGAGAAGAGGCGGCUGAUGCAGAGCCCCGGAGCUAACAUCCCUCUGUCGUCCAGACCCAGCCUGAAGGAGGUGAGAGACAGCGCGGAGCAGCAGCACAUCGCCGCCCAGCAGAAGGCCGCCCUGCAGCACGCUCACGUCCACUCGUCCGGCUUCUUCAUCACUCAGGACUCCUCGUUUGGGAACCUCAUCCUGCCGGUGCUCCCCCGGCUGGAGCCUGACCUUUGACUCUCUAAAACCUGUAAACAAACAAUGCCCCGACCCCGGGUGGACAAUGACAACAGUCUAAUCGUGAUUUAGGCUUUAAAAAAAAAGGCUUCACUGACUGAAUAAAACAUGGAUUUGAACCCAAUCAGUGUUGCUCCAUUAUCAGGGAUGUCCCCAGAAUGAACAGUGCUGUCAGUGCUGUAAUUACACACUCAUU